AUGGCCGGCGUAAACUGGGCGACGCAGGGCAGGACGUUUGACAGGAGGGCGGUGGGCACGGGCCCAGCCACAACCCGCUUGGGGGAGGAUACGCUCAGCCCCUGCACGUCAUCGUUGUUGAAGUCGAGAGGGCUUGUGAGGGCCUCCAACAUAGCAUUUUCAAACUCCACCUGCAUGCAGUCUGUGUGCGGUGGCGGUGGGAGGGCGCAUCCUAAGUCGGAGAAGAACACCGCAAUUGGGUCUUUCUCCAGGGUCCUCAACGCCCUUGGCAGCAGCGAGAGGGGUAGUGUAGCGCGCAACACCGUGGUUGACGUGGGGGAGGUGCCCGGCUACGUGCUCGGGUGGGUGCGGUUUUCCUCCUCCGAGGGGGAGGGGGGGAGCCCGCUCUGGCCGAAGUGGGAGGAUUGCGGCGAGAACGGGGUCCAAUAUAUGCAGAAACCACAAGCCACCCGCCAGUUGGAAAUGGACAAGCACGGUCGACCUCUGCUUGCUCUGCUUCCCCUCCUCCUCUGCCUCUCCCUGCUCCGGGCCAGCCCGGCGGCUUCGGUCACCGCCGGCAACCCCGACGGCACGGAGCUCUGGGGGUUCGUCGAAGUCCGACCAACGUCGGGGGUGGGCAUCGGCAACUUCAUGGAGGUCGGGCCCCUCGACGUCAACCUGAAGCCUCGGAACUCGACGUGGCUGCAGAAGGCCGACCUCAUCUUCGUGGACAACCCUGUGGGUGUCGGGUACAGUUACGUUGAGGACGACAGCCUACUGGUGACGACUGACUGGCAGGCGGCCACGGACGCCACCACGCUCCUCAAGGCGCUCGCCAAGGAGCUGCCCACCCUGCAGCAGGGGAGCCCCCUCUUCCUCGUCGCCGAGUCCUACGGCGGAAAGUACGCGGCCACGCUCGGCCUCUCCGUCGCAAGGGCCGUCCGUGCCGGCGACCUCAAGAUCAAGCUCGCCGGCGUCGCGCUCGGGGAUAGCUGGGUCUCGCCGGAGGAUUUCACGCUCGCUUACGCGCCGCUGCUCCUGGAGGUUUCGAGGCUGGACGACAACGCCGGCGACGCCGCCAAGAAGAAGGCGGCGACGGUGAAGGAGCAGAUCGCGGCCGGGCGGCUGGCCGACUCGCAGGGGUCGUGGUCGGAGCUGUUGGAUUUCAUUGACUCCAAGAGCGCCAGCGUCGACAUGUACAAUUUCUUGCUCGACGCCGGCAUGGACCCGGUGGCCGCGGACCUACCGGCGACCUCGUCGACUCCGACGACGUCGAGCAGCGCGCAAGUGAUGAAGUACUCGACGUACCUCGGCGGCAGCCAGGAGGAAGCCGGCUCCAACACCACCAACACCCUCGGCGGCAUCAUGAACGGGGUCGUCAAGGAGAAGCUCAAGAUCAUCCCCAAAGAUCACGAAUGGGAUGGGCUGAAGAACUUCCUGAGCCUGCCGAGGCAGCCUCUGUCCUGCGGAUCAUCCAAGGUCACCAAGGCCUUCGUCAGAUCCUACAAGAACCUGCAUUUCUACUGGAUCCUCGGCGCCGGCCACUUCGACACCAAAAAGCUGUUGCGGCUGUGCGGUGGCGGAUGUGGCGGCGAAAGUGGGGUGGUGACGGUGCGGUCGAUUGGAAGAGAGGCGGUGGAUCCAGACGGCGGGAUGGUGCAACAAUGGCAGUGGUGGCCAGAUCCAGCUGGAUUCGGUGGGACGGCGGCAGCGUAG